AUGUCACGCCGGAAACAGAAGCGACCCCAGCAUCUCGUUAACGCGGACCUGGGUGGCCCACGGCUGCUCUCUCACGAUGAUCACCUGGGAAUGAAGUCACCGUCCACAUCUCUGGGCUCUGAAGUGACGUCAUCAGGAUCAUCGUCCUCAUCCCCCACCUCUCUCCAGGACUGCCAGCCGCCUCUGGCCCCUCGCCCAUCCCCCGGUGGGCUCCACGCGCCCUCCUUACCCAGCGAGAGCUCGCCUCCUCCCCAUUGGCCCAGCCACAUCGCCCCCUACACCACAUCCCUCCCCAACACCCACUCUUCCCUUUCCCCAGACUUCCCUCACCCCUCGCUGUCUUCCCAGACUCACUCGCCUCCUCCCCUUGGUCAAACCUCAGGUUCCCACAGCCUGUCCCACCAGGGAAACUCUCACUCCACCAUGACCUCCCCACCAAUGGGCAGCUCGGCCACCACCACUACCUCCUCCUCUUCCUCCUCCACAUCCUCUCAGUUUGCGAUGGCUGCCCGGGACAGCACCAGUCCAGGUCAGCAGCUGUCCUCCAUGUCUCCGGGGCUGCAGGGACAGCUCCAGGUGCCUCCAACCCUGGCUGUACUCCUAGAGGAGCUGAGGGUUUUACAGCAGAGGCAAAUCCACCAGAUGCAGAUAACAGAGGAGAUCUGUCGGCAGGUUCUGAGGCUGGGAGGGGCUGUCUUUGGACAGGAUGUCAACGCACAACCCAAUGGUUCAGAAAGAAACCAGAAGUCAUACGGAGCAGUGUGUUCAUCACCAACACACCCUUCCACUGCUACUCCAGUGUCCACAGCCUCAUCAUAUUUGACAGGCCUUCCAUCUUCCCUCUUCCCCAAGUCGGCCAUCUCCAAAUCAGGUGCUUCACACGUUAAUGGCAGCAGAGCUUCAUCCUCCCCUACCACUUCCUCAAUACCUUCCUCUUCUUCCUCAUCUAUUUUGUCCUCUAUCGGCUCGUCUGUUGCCUCCUUGCACCCACUGUCCUUAUCACUGGGCCUAACGCCACGCUACCUCCAUGAGAAAUCGUCGAACACUUCCUCAUUCAGCCACAGCAACAGUGUCAGCUUCCCUACUCCUCCACUUCCCACCACCAGCCUUUCCCAGCAGGAGCUACAGGCCAACGCCGCUGCCGCCUUAGCUGGACGCCCUCAGCAUGUCUGCCGUUAUUGUGGGAAAGUGCUGAGCAGUGAUUCGUCCCUCCAGAUCCAUCUGAGGUCACACACAGGUGAAAGGCCCUACCAGUGUCCCGUCUGCUUGAGCCGUUUCACAACCAGAGGGAACCUCAAAGCUCAUUUCCUGCGCCACAGAGAGCAGAACCCGGAGCUGUCCCUGUCCCUGUUGCCCCCAGCCCUGUCUGAGCAAAUGCUGGCUCCUCCUGUAGCCAUCCAGAGAAGGAGAAAACGGCGGGCUGAUGAUGACGAGCCAUUUAAUGCAGUGAAAGGCACCGUUCCCGGAAUGACAGAGAGCAUGUCUUUAGGAUUCCUACCCGGUGCAUCCACUCGGCCCUCCCCUUCCUCUCUACCUCUGCCCCCAACGGUGGACAUGGCACUGCUGUCCACGGCUCAUUCACUGCUGCAGCUGAACAGAGCUUCAGCUGCAGCCGCGGCUGGUGCAUCAGGCACUCUACUGUCUUCCGCUUCCUCAUCUUCCGCCUCCAUGGGAAACCACUUUAAAGGUGUAAAGCAGCAGCGUUUUGAUGAAAACACACCGCCUCACUCUGCCCUACAUACAACCUCCCCAUACUCCCAGCUGGCCCACCUCCCUAAGAUACUAUUCCCUGGAGGUACUUCCCCUCAUCACCUUGCACUUCUGAGGCCUCCGGGCCACCCAUCCAGCGCCCACCUCACUUCUCAUCAGCUACCCUUCCCCUUUCCACCUUUCCCCAAACCAUCAACCUCGUCUCCCUCCUCAUCCUCUCCCGCCACCUCUGCCCAGACCUCUGACACCUCCAAGUUGCAGCGGCUGGUCCAGAAACUCGAGAAGGGAGGUUCUUCCUCCUCUUUCUCUGCCUCCUCUUCAUCCACCGUCGCACAAACACUUGCUGAAGCCAAUAGGGACACAUAUGGUCAUGACCUGACCACCACCUCCAAUGCCUAUCGCAGGGAAAUGUUGGCCGCACUCGGCCUGAGCCCAAGUACCACUAUUGCAGGACUGGUGACCAGUCAGGGCUAUUCAGGUUCGGGCACAUCAACUACCACCACCGCCCCAUCUAUGCCUAGUACCCAGGUUCCUAACCAGUGUGGUGUCUGCUUGCGUGUCCUCAGCUGCCCCAGAGCUCUGCGUUUGCACCAGGCCACACAUCUGGGAGAGCGUCCAUUCCCUUGUAAGCUGUGUGGACGCUCCUUCUCCACGAAGGGUAGCUUAAGGGCUCACUUGGCCACUCAUCGUGCAAGACCGGCAAAUGCCCGUGCCCUGAACUCCUGCCCGCUGUGCCCACGCAAAUUUACAAAUGCCUUGGUUCUUCAGCAUCACAUUCGUUUGCACCUGGGAGGGCAAAUACCCCCUGAUGAAGACAUGCCCCCUGAAGAUGGUGCAGAAACAGAAAGUGCCGUCUAUGAUGAUGGAGAGAACAACGCCAUCGGCUCCCCAUCUAAAGGCCCACAACUCGUUCCCUUGGCUUUAACAAUGGGCUCCAAGUCGUCAAAUGAUGUGCUCAAGUUAGGGCCCACCUCUAAACAAUCCACAGCUGCUGAUGUUACUACUGUGAAGACAGAGGAAACUGAGGCCUCGACACCCAGUGUUAGUCCACCCAUGACCCGUAAUCCCCCCACAGCAGGAGCUGAAGACCCCCUGCGUCUGGGAGACAACGCCCCAGCUGAUGGUGGCAUGAACAGUCCAGAGGAAGGGACCCACACUGACCUGGGCAGCAACAGCCCUUUCAAAGCACCCAUAGCUAGCUCUCAGUCAGCUGUGAUGAAUGAAGAUACAGAGGCAGAUGACACCCCUCUUUCUCUCUGUGUCUCGAAGCCUCGGGUAGGAAAUGAUACACCGCAGAAAGAGGUCGGUGUUGAUGAAGCCAACGCCACAGACGAACCCACAACUGCCACGGAUUCUACCCCAAAACCCAGAGCUGCAAAUACCUCACCUGCCCUCAUCCCUCCUGCCAGCCCCAAAGCUGUCCCAGAGGGAGACAAGGCCUGUGGAAGUGUACCACAAAGCCCACAGGAGGGUAAAGGGAAGGGGGAGACCACCACGCCCAGAGAGCCUUUGCCAGAGUUGGAUCCAGAGGUGGACAAAGACUCUGCAGGGGACGAGGGUAACAGUAUUCCAGAAAAGCCUUCAGCGAGCCCAGAGCCCUCUGCCCCAGCAGCAGCACCACAGAGCCAACCCCCCCGCUCAGACAAACCCUACAGCUGUACCCACUGUGGAAAGGCAUAUGCCAGCCGGAGUGGACUUAAGGGACAUAUGAAGACUCACCCUGGCUCCUUGACCAGCACACCCGCCCCUGCCCAGACCAAUGACAAUGACAUUGCAGAGGAUCAGAGCUCACAUUCAACCAAUAAGAACCCAACAAAGCAAGAUGAUAAGCAGGGAUUGGCUGAAUCCCCUAAGAAGGGUGACAGUGCAGAUCCUCUACCAAUCAGUGUUGGCGCUGAAGUGGCGGACGAGCCUAUGGAUGCUACUGUGUAG